AUGCUUCUUGGAUAUGAAGGAAGGGAAAGGCUUAAGAGUUAUAAUCCUUCUAUAGUGGGCUACUCUAAGGAAAAUCUUGAUGGAGGAAACAAGAGUUCAGAGUAUAUUCAUGACAUUGUCGUCAAACAUGCUGAUCGCCAUAACCUUUUGCGCCCUAAAACCGUUGAAUCAUUGUUUGUUCUAUAUCGUAUCACAGAAGAUUCAAAAUAUCGUGAAUGGGAGGAAGUAAUAUGGGAUUAUGGGUACAACAAACAAGAGUUCAGAGUACAAAAGGCUUUUUUUUGGGUGACUAAGCUUACACACAUGAGCUGGAGAACAAAAUCUCACGUUUGGAAGAGGAAAAUGAACGACCUAGGAGUGUUCGCCAGAAAAAUUUAUGGCAUUGGAAGUUACCCAAAUUCUGUUGAAUGCACAAGCUGUUGA